AUGGCUAAUAGAGACAUGAACAACUCUUUUCGCGAUCUCGCUAAAACAAUCAAAGCCAAUCCAAAUAAAAUCCCAGAUGAUAUAAUUUAUCGUGCCAGAAAGCUUCAGCCUUAUAAUCUGAAAAAAGAAAAAUACCCUGAAAUCAAGAUGAUUGAUCGGCCUCCGCUUCCAUAUCUUCACAUAUCUAAAGUCUAUAACCAGCCGACUCCUGAAAGGGCAAGACAAAAGCUAAGAGAAGCUAGACUGUCAUCUCGCCCUCAGUCUGUUUGCUUUAGGUCUGAUGAUAACCUUAAUAACUCAUGUGAGAGAGAUUGUUCUUCUCGAAAUUCCUCAAAUGAUAGCACACGAGAUUUAAAAACCAAAAAUUCAUUAGAAAAAAUAUUAAAAAGCGAAGACUGCAUCAAUAAAAUAUCUGCAGUCGUGAAAAAUGAAAAGGAAAAAUCAAGUCACGCUAUUGGGCUGUAUAAAAAGUAUCAUCAAAAAGCGAGAUCUUUAUUUGAAAAUUCACGUAAAAAAGAAAAUAAGAGCUUUUUGUUUUUAGAAAAGAGUGAAAAAGAUAUGGCGGUCCAGGAUUAUAAGCAAGUUCAAGAAAAAAUAUCAUUUAUAACAAAAGGAAAGAUGCCUAAAAAAUGCCCUGCAAAGGAGUUGUAA